GUUAUCAUUAUCGCAAUAAGGUAUAAAUUCAAGUUUAUCCUGAAAAAUACGAUUCCAUUUCAAACUUUCACAAAAACAGCAACCGCACAAUGUGGUCGCUGUUAUUUGGCCUGUCAGCGCUGGUGACACUGGGCGCCGCGUGCACGCCCAGUGCGACCACGGUGAGCGGCACGCAUGCGCCGGCCACCGUCUGCUCAGGCGCACUCAUCUUCUCUGACGAGUUCAACGAAUUCGAUCUCGAGAAAUGGCAGCACGAGAACACUCUCGCGGGUGGUGGUAACUGGGAGUUCCAGUACUACAACAACAACCGUACGAACUCGUUUACCCGCGACGGUGUCCUGUACAUCCGACCAUCGCUGAUGUCUGAUCAGUUUGGCAAUGCGUUCCUGCACAGUGGACAUCUCAACGUUGAGGGAGGCGCUCCAGCUGACAGAUGCACAAAUCCUCAAUGGUGGGGUUGCGAGCGUACGGGAACGCCAACCAACGUGCUGAACCCGAUCAAAAGCGCGCGCUUGCGCACGGUACAGUCCUUCAGCUUCCGCUAUGGCCGCGUCGAAGUCCGUGCCAAGAUGCCUGCAGGCGACUGGCUCUGGCCUGCUAUUUGGAUGAUGCCAGCUUUCAAUACUUACGGCACAUGGCCGGCGUCGGGUGAAAUCGACCUUGUGGAAUCACGAGGCAACAGAGACAUGAUCUCGAACGGCGUGCACAUUGGAACCCAUGAGGCCGGCUCUACCCUCCACUUUGGACCUUACCCAGCACUAAACGCUUGGGACCGAGCACACUGGGUACGACGGAACGCUGCCGGUUAUAAUAGCAACUUCCAUCGCUACCAACUGGAGUGGACUCCAGAUUUCCUAAGAUUCAGCAUCGAUGACAUCGAGAUUGGCCGCGCGACACCACCUGCCAGUGGUUUCUGGGACUUCGGGGGUUUUAAUAACCAUAACGUAGAGAACCCUUGGCGAUUUGGAUCCAAAAUGGCUCCUUUCGACCAAAAGUUCUACAUUAUCAUGAAUUUGGCUGUCGGUGGUACCAACGGUUUCUUCCCUGAUGGCGUGCAGAACCCUACUCCCAAACCUUGGUGGAACGGCUCUCCUACGGCGGCGUCCGACUUCUGGAAUGGACAAGGUGGUUGGCUACCGACCUGGAAUCUUAACGUCAACGACGGCGCUGAUGCUUCUCUACAAGUUGACUACGUUCGUGUUUGGGCCCUAUAAACAACUAUGUACCCAUAAUAUAUAUGAUACUCUUAUGUAUAAUGUUAAAUAAAGCACUGAAAUACGUCGAAAAAUAA